CGAAGCGUUGUCAGGUCUCCAGUCAGCAGCCAGAGAGCCAGGCAGAGGCACAUCAUAAUCUGCACCGGUCCGGAACCAACCAUCUGCUUCAUCCACCGGGCAACACAGGCAUCACUCGCGAUUCAAGAGUGUUUUAUCUUCGCUUGACUUCUUUCUGACUUUGCAGCAUACAACCACAAAGGGAAUGAUUCUCCACCUCAGCCGCAACCUGAGCCGUGUCGCCCCCGUUCUGAGUCGAAGUGUCCACUCUGGCACACGUCCUGCCUCCACUGUCGCAUCCAAACUCAAAUUUGACCGCCAGCUAACUUCCGAGGACAUCUACACACGAGAGGACAAGUAUGGAGCGCACAACUACCACCCCUUGCCUGUGGCCUUAGAGAGGGGGAAGGGCAUCUAUGUGUGGGAUGUGGAUGGCAACCGGUAUUAUGACUUCCUGAGUGCUUACAGUGCAGUGAACCAGGGCCACUGCCACCCAAAGAUCAUAGCUGCGCUCAAUGCUCAGGCCUCCAAACUCACUCUGACUUCCAGAGCCUUCUACAACAAUGUGCUGGGAGCCUACGAGGAGUAUGUCACAGGCUUGUUUGGCUAUGACAAAGUGUUACCCAUGAAUACAGGGGUUGAAGGUGGUGAGACGGCCUGCAAGCUUGCCCGCAAGUGGGCUUACACUGUGAAGGGGGUUCCCAAAAACCAGGCCAAAAUAGUUUUCGCUGAUGGAAACUUCUGGGGCCGCACCAUGGCGGCCAUCUCCAGCUCUACAGACCCCAGCAGUUAUGAAGGCUUUGGUCCCUUCAUGCCAGGCUUUGAAAUCAUCCCUUACAACAACAUCCCAGAACUGGAGAAAGCUCUUCAGGACCCAAAUGUUGCUGCGUUCAUGGUGGAGCCCAUCCAGGGGGAGGCUGGUGUGGUGGUGCCAGACAAGGGCUACCUGACCACAGUCAGAGAACUUUGCACCAAAUACAAUGUGCUGUGGAUCGAUGACGAGGUGCAGACGGGCUUGGCGAGGACUGGCCGGCGCCUAGCUGUGGACCACGAGGAGGUCCGCCCAGAUAUCGUGGUCCUGGGCAAAGCUCUUUCUGGAGGAGUUUACCCUGUUUCGGCUGUGCUGUGUGAUGAUGAGAUCAUGCUGACCAUCAAGCCUGGAGAGCACGGGUCCACAUAUGGAGGAAACCCCGUGGCCUGUCAGGUCGCCAUGGCUGCACUAGAGGUGCUUGAGGAGGAGAAGCUGGCAGAGAACUCUCAGAAGAUGGGAGAGCUGCUGCGGAGCGAGCUGAGCAAACUGCCCAAAGACAUCGUGACAACAGUCAGAGGGAAAGGCCUCCUCAACGCAGUCGUCAUCAAAGAGACCAAAAACUAUAACGCCUGGGAGGUGUGCUUACGCCUUCGUGACAACGGACUGCUGGCCAAGCCCACACACGGGGACAUCAUCCGCCUGGCCCCCCCUCUCAUCAUUAAAGAGGACGAGAUGCACGAAUGUAUCGACAUCAUCCAGAGAACCAUCUUGUCCUUCUGAACCACAACCGUCAUUUCCACAAUGCACAGACCAACUUCAUGACGAUAAUCCUGUCAAAUUGUUGCUUAACAUUCAAUAGUUUCUUUUCAUUUCAAAUGUAGGUGGUCCUUUAAAGUAUAUUACUGUAGAAUGAGACUGUGUAGAGUGCUUCUGCUGUAAAGAAAAGGUUCUGUAGGGCUGUCUUAGGUAAGAUGGCAACACCAAAACCUUUUCUUUGAAAAAAAGAAUCGUUGCCAGUGCAGUAGAAAGCUGGGAAGAUUUUAUUGGAAUUUUGAGAUGUACACUUUUCUUUAUUUCGGUUAAGUCUGACUGUUCAGUGCAGGACUUGAAAGAACUUACAUAUUGGGCCAGCUAUACUCUCAACACCAGGGUUUCCGCACAUUUAAAUUCUUGAAAUGCAUGGAAUCUUUCCAGAUUCCGAAUCUUUAAAAGAUAGGUCAGAAUUAUAGUGCAAUUAAGUUUUAAUCCACAAUUCCAUGUAUCUGUACGUUGUUAACAAUUAACUUUUGGAUGAAUGUUUUAUCUGUUACAAAAUAAUGUAAAUGUUUGUCUUCUCAAGGGCAAUAUCGUCUCAAGUUUUUGCAUAAUCCAGUGAGCCUCAAAUAAAUUAUUGCAGUUAUAUUCCCUG